AUUCGCACGAAAUAAUGUACAUAGAUUAAACAAAUUUAUUUUUUAUGAAAUCGUUUACCAUUAAAUAAAGUGAAAGUUAUCUUUAAUACCUUGUAAAAAUGAUCCAUGACAUAUUGCUAUCGUGCCUUAAUUUGCACUCCAAACGUUUGCCAAUACAGGAAUUUGUAGUAUCGGACGCUGUGUCAGCAUUCUUACAUCCAUGUGAAAUAAAAAUUAUGGAUGACAUUAUAAAAAUCGUAAAUCUCUUACGGAAUGUUGCGAAAUUUUCAAAAAUUUACGGAGCGAAUCAAAACAGCACUAACAUUGUGGAAACGGAUAUUGAACCUCUGCAAACUGGAUUGUACUUAAAGGCAUUUGUAAAUGGCAUUGACGAUUCGCUCGACGAUUAUGUAACGGAAAUUUCCGACCUCGAGAGACGUUACAUUCAAAAUCCCACUCAUUCCUUAUUGUUUAUUUAUCAAAAGUUGCAAGAAUAUGAACCUUUGGCAACAUAUCUAACAAAAUUGAUACGAGGAAUUCGAAUGUACAAAUUGCAUGGCUGCACUAUCGUACAAUAUAUACAAAAGAAUAGUCUUCAUGGUGACGCUCGCAUUUACAAAGCGAUGAAAACAAUUCAAGCAUCUGUAAAUGCCAUAUUUCUAAAGCAAUUGACCCAUUGGAUAUUGUAUGCGAAACUUAUUGAUAGUUAUGGUGAGUUUUUUAUACAAUCAUCCGAGACACAUAAUGAAAGUGCAACCGAAAGUGAAAAGGGUACAAGUAUUGGCAGCAGCAAGCAUACUACCACUUCCUUAUCAGAAGCCGCCAGCAAUUAUGCUGAUAUAUGGCGUUACGAAAUAUGUUAUGAUUUAUUGCCUCAAUAUUUAUCAUCCAGUUGGGCUGAAAAAGUUCUCUUUAUAGGUCAAACUGUUCUUAUUUUUAAGGUUAAUUCUCACAAGUCAAACAAGGGAGUUCACACCUGGAACAAGACCGAAAACAAUUUAUUCAAAAGUGAACUCUCUUUAUGGAAUGAAAAGGAGCACAUUUAUUUUACCAAAAUACAGGACUUACAAAAUGAUAUAGAUCUAAACGUAUCUCAUUAUGAGCGAGUUAUAGAUGAAAUUAAAUUAUACGUAACUACUCGAUUAUCUGAAAUAGCAAUCAAUCAAGCUGACCUAGUACAACAAUUAAGAUUGGUUAAAGAUUUUUAUUUAAUUGGCCGCGGAGAAUUAUUUUUGGAGUUUAUUCGUCAAACUUAUAUCAUCAAUAAAAGUAUUGAUGACGAAAAUAGGGUUCGAGAUUUUGUUAAAGCCUUUGAGUGCGCUGCUCAGGGCGUAGGAGUUACAGAAGAUUUGGAACAAUUUUCCCUUUGCAUACCUAAGACGAAUUUGGAUGUCGACGAAUCUACUCAUGAAUUCGGGUUUUUUCAAUUAAUUCAACUUCAAUACAAAAUUAAUUGGCCACUUCAUUUAUUAUUCUCUCCGAAAGUGAUCGAACGGUAUAACGUAUUAUUUCGAUUUCUACUCCUUAUUAAAAAAAUGCAGUAUGAUUUACAUAUGAUAUGGUAUCAGCAUACAAGGGAAUCGAAAGCGAAUGCGCAUAAAGCAAAUCAAAGCCAGAUAAUUCAUUUACGCAAUCAGCUUAUGUUUUUUGUUGAUAAUCUUCAAUAUUAUAUACAAGUUGAUGUAUUAGAGAGUAAGUGUAAAUACAUAUAUCUGGAAACUUUUAUCAAAAUUUUUUAUCACACAGGUCAAUAUAGCAUCCUUAUGAAUACUAUAUUGAAUAAGGCUGAUUUCGAACAAAUCCAGAGAGCUCAUAGUAUUUUCCAAGCCAAUGUCCUAUCUUUGUGUUUCCUAUUGACUGAUGAAAACACAAGCAAAACGAAUAUCCUACACUCGACAACCCUUCACUCUAGUAAUCCUGUUUAUCUUAUAAUUAAUGAAAUUUUUCACAUUUGUGAAGAUUUCUGCAAUUUAAAGGCUAAAGGCGAAGGUGAUGAACAUAUCGACAAGAGCAUUAAUGAGCUGGAUGAGAGAUUUGGAGGAUUAAUUGAGCAGCUUAUAAAUUUGUUAGUCGGUCUUAAGGCAGCGCCCUGUACAACGCCAUUAUCGCAAUUGUUACUACGGCUCGACUUCAAUCAUUGGUUCAGUAUUCGGAGAAAGCGGGAAAGUUCUUAAAUAUUGUUUUUUUUUUUCUACAAAU